AUGGACAGGGAAGUGCGGCUCACCAGGAUGCACCGGAUACUGACGGAGACGGGGAACAACUUCGCGGGAUCGGCGAGGACGUACCGUGAGCGGUUCCCGGAGGACGAGCAGCCACCGUCGAGGCAGUCCUUCCGAAGGCUUGCGGCAACGGAGGCGGAGCACGGCGUGCUGAAGCGGCCACGAGAACAACGGAUCAAGCCGGUGGUGGACGGUCCCGUGCGAGAAGAAGUGGAAAACGCUAUCCGGGAAAACGGGAGACAGAGUCUCAGACGCCUGGCCAGAACACUGCAGGUUCCGCGAGAAUCUGUAAGAACGAUCGUAAAAGGACAAUCGUUCUAUCCGUACAAGCACGUUCGGCUACACAAGCUGUGCCCAGGCGAUGACGAGCGAAGGUUGACCUACUGCCGCUGGGGACUGGACCGACUCCGGGAAGAUCCAGACUUCUACCGAAGGGUGUGCCACACGGACGAAGCGAUCUUCACCAACCUGGAGAUCAGCAGGACCGCCAACACCGCUGGAAGCUCAACGUCUGGGUCGGAAUAG